GAAUGCUUAGUCAUAGAUAUAGUGACCGACUCUCAUGAAUAGACAGACACUCUCAACAAAAUAAUAUCUUCAACUUCAUUGCGAGAAAUUGACGAUAAAUUGGACUUCGCCUACAGAUUAGAUUCAGAAUUAUAUUUGUCCUAUUAUGCAUCCAAACAAUCAAUUUUCUCAAUUAAAUAUUUUUAUAUAAAUUUAUCGAUUAAGGACGUAAAAACGGAGCCAAGCUUUAAACCUUUAAGACAAAUCCUUAUCACUAUAAUCAAAUAGAUAAACUCGCCAUCAUCUUUGUUCCCACCUUGUUUGCUUUUCUUUCUUUUCUUUUCUUCUCUACUCCAAAAUCUGUACUUUUAUUUGGCUAAGACUCUAAAAUCUGUACUUGUUUCUUCAAUAUUCUCCAGUUUGUACUUGUUUAUAUGAGUGUAUAUUUCCCAAGAGAAUAGUAAUUGGUUUUUGUAUGUUAUUGAAAUAUGAAAUUCUGCAAGAAAUACCAAGAGUAUAUGGAAGGCCAACAGAGAAAGCUUCCUGCUGUUGGCUUCAAGAAGCUCAAAAAGAUUUUAAAGAAGUGUAGAAGAGAUUUUCACUCUCAAAAUAACGUUAAUCGAACCCUUGACCUUCAACCCUGCCCCCACCAAUGUUCAGUAUGUGAUGGAACCUUCUUUCCUUCCCUUCUCAAGGAAAUGUCAGAUGUAGUGGGGUUCUUCAAUGAACGUGCUCAGAAAUUGCUUGAGCUACAUCUGGCUUCUGGUAUCAGAAGGUACUAUUUCUGGCUUAAAGGCAAGCUUCAAGGAAACCAUGUUGCUUUAACUCAAGAAGGCAAGGAACUUGUCAAUUAUGCUCUUAUCAACGCCAUUGCAAUGCGUAAAAUACUAAAGAAAUACGAUAAGAUUCAUUACUCAAAGCAAGGACAGGCUUUUAAGUCACAAGCCCAAAGUAUGCACAUUGAAAUUCUUCAGAGUCCAUGGCUUUGUGAACUAAUGGCUUUUCACAUCAAUUUAAGGGAAACCAAGGCCAAAUCAAAGACCAAACUUGCUUUUUUCGAGGGAUGUUCCCUUGCAUUCAAUGAUGGGAAGCCAUCUCUCACUUGUGAACUCUUUGAUUCUGUCAAAAUUGAUAUUGAUUUGACUUGUUCUAUAUGUUUGGACACAGUUUUUGAUCCGGUUGCUUUGUCAUGUGGGCAUAUAUUCUGCUACAUGUGUUCUUGCUCAGCCGCAUCAGUAACGAUUGUAGAUGGACUCAAAUCCGCACAGCCUAGAGCGAAAUGCCCUCUUUGCAGACAGGGACGAGUGUAUGAAGGUGCCGUACACUUAGAGGAGCUAUGUAUUUUAUUAAGCCGAAACUGCCAUGAAUACUGGGAGGAACGGCUUCAAACCGAAAGAUCUGAGAGGGUUCGACAAACCAAGGAGCACUGGGAAUCUCAGUGUCGAGCUUUCAUGGGUGUCUAAUUGGACCCCUCUAUAUAUAUUCAUUUGAUGCUGGCAAUUGUAGAAAGUGUUUCACUUAAUUUAAAAACUUGUUAUUGUUUUGGAUGUUUCGUGCCUUAUACAGGCCUUAAUCUUAGAAUAAAAUGCAGUGUAUGUUGUAGAACAUAGUGACUCUCGAGGUUUGGUGGAGAAAGACUUUAGCAAGGGUAGUGUACAUUUUGUUCUAAUAUGCUUUAUUAAAUUUAAUCUUACGAUUUCAUCCA